AUGGCUUCAAAGUGUAAAUCUGAUGCAAGUGAUGGUGAUGCAUCAAAGAAAAGGAAAACGAUCACGAUUGAAACGAUAGUGGAAAUAAAGUGUUCAGAGAGAGGUGAAACGCCAACAAACAUUGGAAAAGCGUUAGGCUACAGUCGGUCAACGAUCGGGACAGUUAUAAAGGACAAGGGGAGAGUAACGGAGUAUGUGAAAGGCUCUGUCCCAAUGAAAGCGACAAUUGUCACUAAACGCAGUGGUUUACUUAUCGAAAUGGAAAGGCUAUUGGUAGUUUGGUUAGAGGAUCAAAAUCAGCGUAAUAUUCCUAUUAGCCUUGGCUUAGUGCAAGAAAAGGCUCGAAGCCUUUUCAGUAAUUUAAAGGCUGCACAUGCAGCAUGAAGUGCUUGUGAUGAAGAAUUUGUUGCAAGUAGGGGUUGGUUCAACCAUUUCAAAGGGAGGGUAAAUUUACACAAUAUCAAGGUGCAAGGUGAAGCAGUGAGUGCCGAUGUAAGUGCUGCGAGAGAGUUUCCUGAAAUGCUGGAAAAAAUUAUCGAGGAGGGAGGUUAUGUGCCUGAGCAAAUAUUUAAUGUAGGUGAGACUGGCUCUUUUGGAAAAAAAAUGCCUGAAAGGACAUACAUUUCAAAAGAGGAAAAAACUGCUCCAGGGCAUAAGGCAUCCAAGGAUAGGCUAACGUUAUCGCUUGGUGGUAACGCAUCUGGGGAUUUCAAGCUUAAGCCUAUGCUUGUGUAUCGUUCCCUAAAUCCAAGGGCACUUAGCCGAAUCAUCAAGGCAUCUCUUCCCGUUAUUUGGAAGCAAAACACAAAGGCUUGGUUAACAAAAGCUCUCUUCGAAGAUUGGUUCCUGAAGUUUUUUGUUCCUGCUGCUGAAUGUUAUUGCUUGGUCAAGAAGAUUCCUUUCAAAAUUCUCCUUGUGCUUGACAACGCCCCCGGACAUCCAAGCACUUUAGAUGACCUUCACCCGAAUGUAAACGUCGUCUUUUCACCACCCAACACCACGUCACCACUUCAGCCAAUGGAUCAGGGAAUCAUAGCCUCCUUUAAGGCUUACUAUUUACACCGGACCUUCUCACAGGCAGUCAGGGCUACCCAAGCUGAUGCAAUGACCUUAAAGGGGUUCUGGAGGAAUUACAACUGCUACGAUGGCAUCAAAAACAUUGCAGAUUCUUGGGAGGAAGUGAAGAAAACCAACAUGGACAGGGUCUGGAACAAACUGUGCCCCCAAUUCACAGAUGGUUUUAAAGAAUUUCCAGCUGAGGACGUCGCCGAAGCCAGGCAGGCUGUGGUUGAUAUUGGUAAUAAUCAACUGCAGUUAGACAUCAAUGAAGAUGGUGUCUUAGACUUGCUUGAAUCCCAUGCCGAAGAACUGACCAAUGAGGACCUUAUGGAGCUGGAGCAACAGAUGACAGCACUUGAGGACGAAGGCUGGGACCAAGAAACCCCAGAACCCAAGAAGUUUUCGACAAAGGAGUUAGCUGAAGCCUUUCGUCUCAUUGAGCGGGGAUGGCAAAGUUAG